AUGACCACUCCUAAGGAUUUAGACGCAUUUUUUGAGCGCCAGAUACAGCUCUUGCAAGAAGAGAAGCAAGUAGAAAUUGACCAAAGCUCAUUGUUGUUGACGAAAUGUAGUCUCAAGUUGUUAGAGCAAAGGGGUCUGGCUUUGCUCAAUCUUGUACCAUUAAAUAAUGUCCGCGUUGGCAUGGGUGGACGGAAUUUAAUUGAGCUUGGCCGAUCUGCGGCCCUCAGCACGAGCGCCUCACUUCCCCCUCAUACCUUCAGGCCAGGUGAUAUUGCACGCAUAGAAAAAUCUUUAUCCAAGUCUUCGAAGAAGGAGCCGAGCGCCCGUUCUGAUACUUCAAAGGAAAAUUCAUUGGAAGGCGUCGUAUACAAGGUGACUGAUUCUCUUAUCGUACUUGCCGUCGAUGGGGAUCGUCAGGCCAACGAGGACCUUGAUCUACCGAAUAUAUGUAGCUUAAUCAAACUGGCUAACAAUGUACCAAAUGAUCGCAUGCAGAAAGUCAUCCUAUCUCUCUAUGCGACUUUUUCUUCGGAGGCGGCUGCAAAGAACACGAAACUUGCGCUUCAUCCUGAUACAAUAUCCGUCGCCAAUGUUCUACUUGGCAUCAGUGCGCCAUCAAAAGUCGUCCCUGUGGACGGAGUCGAUUUCUACGACGUCUCGCUGAAUGACAGUCAAAAACAAGCUGUCCGCUUCGCCCUGGGCUCGAGAGAGGUUGCAUGCAUACACGGCCCUCCAGGGACUGGGAAAACACAUACUCUCCUCGAGAUUAUCAGACAGUUCUUAUUCCCACGUUGUGCUCCCGGCCCGUCAAGCUCUCAGGGCCCAGUAAAGAGAAUACUAGUCUGUGGAGCAUCCAAUCUUUCUGUGGACAACAUACUCGAACGACUACUUCUUCCUCCUUUACCGGGUAUGACAUCGAUUAAAUGCACAAGAGUCGGCCAUCCAGCCAGAGUCAAAGGACAGGCUUCAUCGCUAGAAGCGACUCUGGACGCACAGACAACUCGCUGUGAACAGGCUGAACUUAUCAACGAUAUAAAAGACGAGCUAUCCAAGUCAUUAUUAUGUGUGGCAGGUAAAGGUAAGGGUCAGAAGGGCAAGAAGCCUAGAGGCGAAGAGAGGAGAAAACUGUGGGACGAGAUCAAAGAGUUACGAAAAGAGUGUCGCAAACGGGAGAAAGGCGUUGUUAGUAGUGUUCUAUCCGAAGCUCAGGUGGUGCUUGCAACUUGUCAUUCCGCGGGUGGACGUACCCUCGAAAACAUGUUUUUCGACGUCGUAAUCAUAGACGAAGCGACUCAAGCGCUAGAAGCAGCCUGCUGGAUCCCUAUCGUCAAAGGAAAGAGGCUAAUCCUUGCUGGGGAUCACUUGCAGUUACCACCGACUGUUCUUUCGCAGACAAAAUCUCCCAUGUCUUCCACCAAGCAGGAAAAAGCAACGCGCAGCGCAUCGGCACCUAGUGGAGUCAAGGAAUCGGGGAACAAACGAUCUACGAAGGCAGGCGAAGUGGACAGUCUCACUGACUCUUCCGACGACUCUGAAAGUAACUCGCCUUUGCCGAAUGAUCCCAAGGUGCCGGAGAAAGACAAACCAAAUACAGCUUCUGGCCGUGUUCUUCGCCCGUCAAAAGACCUGUCUAUAACCUUGUUCGAAAGACUUGAAAAAACGUAUGGUAAAUCAAUCAAGAGAAUGCUCGAGAUCCAAUAUCGGAUGCACUCCAAAAUAUGCGAAUUCCCAUCCAAGAUGCUGUACAACUCACAGCUUCGCCCAGACGAAUCAGUGGCGAGCCAUCUUCUACAGGACUUAGAAAAUGCCGGGGAUGAUUCUUCUGAAUUGUUAACCGCUCCUGUCGUUUUCCUCGAUACUUCUGGGAGUGAAUACUAUGAGAGGACUGUUGAAGAUGUGGACGAUGGCAGCAAGUACAACGAGAAUGAGGCCAUGUUAGUUAAGGUAUGGCUAGCGAAACUGAUUGGAGCAGGGAUUUACCCUUCCCAGAUAGCCAUCAUCACACCAUAUCAGGCCCAAGUUUCUCAUAUUUCUGCUCUUCUAUCCGAUGAAUACAAAGAUGAACUGGAGAUUGGCACGGUAGACGGGAUGCAAGGUCGUGAAAAAGAAGCAAUCAUUAUUAGUCUUGUUCGCAGUAAUGAUAAACGUGAGGUGGGCUUUCUCAAGGACAAACGACGCUUAAAUGUCGCAAUGACACGAGCAAGACGUCACCUGUGCGUGAUCGGUGAUUCUUCGACAGUGCAACAUGGCGGUAAAUUCCUGAAGGCUUGGAUGGCAUGGCUGGAGAACAACGCAGAGGUUUAUUAUGGUGGAUUAGAACAGCUGCCAUAAUUCAAUCG